AUGGACGCCAUCCUGACGGUCCUGCACCUGUACUCGGCAAGCUACAACCCGACGUGGUCGAGCAACCUUGCGGGCUGGAUGCUGCCUCCCACUAUCAUGUUCGCCCUUCUGGAACUCUUGUCGAUGCAGCAGAAGCGCGCGUUCAAGAAGAAACCCAAGAACAAUGGCAAGAUCCUCGACACUGGGCUGUGGGGCAUCGUCAGGAACCCCAACUACAUUGUCUCGCACGCCUGGAGAUUCACUCAGGGUGUGGCGCUGUUUGGCUGGCCAGGCCUGCUCUUCGGAUGGGGCAUGUUGAAGGAUGCUAUUGACAACCAAAUUCCCGGUGUGGAAUGGUACAUGCAGCGCAAAUACGGCGAGAAGUAUGAUGCUUAUAAGGCGAAGGUUCCAUACCGUUUGAUACCAGGCAUCUACUAG